AUGAAGUUCACCCUCACAGCCCUGGCCCUCCCGCUCCUCGCCAGCGCAGCCCCAGCCCCAGCCGCCAACCCACCCUUCACAGUAAUGGCCGCCCGCUCCGCAAGCCCAAUCCACUACCUGCAACUCAACGCCGCCGGCCAAAAGUUCUACCUGGGCGGAAACACAGCCAGCUACUGCCCAAGCCAGGUCAAGGACUGCCCAGCCGGAAACCAAACCGUCUUCGCGCCCGGCGGCACCUCAAUGGACACAAUGGUGCCCGGCGGACAGCAGGUGUACAUCGACCCCAAUGGCGCAUUGAGCUUCACUCAGGCCCACUCGGCCAAUAUCCCCGCUGGUUCUUCUUACGGGCCGUUUGCUUAUGAGGCUGGUGAGCCUUGGUCGCACUAUGUUUACCAGGGCUGGGGUGCCAGUGGGUUCAUGGCUUGUCCCACUGAGGAUAGCCGUUGGCAGGUGUUUGGGGCUUUGGCUAAUGCGACUGUCCCCAAGGGUGAUGUUGAUGAGUGUCUUGGCUUCUCGGCUAUGGCUAUUACUUAUGAGGGUGAUGUUCCUGCUUGGCAGUAUAUCUAG